AUGGAGGCCGACUGGGAUGAGUUGUCGCGCAUAGCGGUGCCACCGCCGAGUGCGCUCGCGAUGCCUACACCUGCGACGACAAUAGCAUUUGAUGAUGUGGUGGAACUUUUGUGGAUAGGGAAUGAAUAUGGUCGAAUUUCUUCAUUCUACGGGCCUGACCUCCAACGAUAUACCUCUGUGCGAGCCCAUCCAGCUUCCGAGGGCGUGGUGCGACAAAUCAUUUUUCAUGAUCGCGGCGUGAUAUCAUUGUCUUCCAAAAGUGUACACAUGAUCACGCGGCGUGGCCUGACACAAUGGCAUCUCGCAGACGAGGAUAUGGUCGAUCUUCGCUGCAUGAGCUUCACGGCGCAGCUCAAUCGUAUUCUUGUUGCAGGUUGCCAGCGCGUGAUGUUUACUGUGGAUAUCGAUAAGGGCACGAUUGUUGACAAGUUGCCUACUGAAUACAGUUACACGCUAAUGAAAAAGAGCCGGUAUCUUUGUGCAGCGACAGACACGGGAUCGGUAAACGCACUCAGUCUCAAUGAUUUUAGUGUCGUCAAGUCUUGGAAAGCCCAUGGCACCGCUGUAAAUGACAUGGAUGCACGGAAUGAUUUGCUCGUCACUUGCGGAUUCUCCGUCCGCCAUCUCGGCUCUCCGAUCGUUGAUCCACUGGCAAAUGUGUAUGACCUGAAGACGUUAUCGCCACUACCACCUAUUCCUUUCCAUGCCGGAGCGGCAUAUGUUCGGAUGCAUCCUAAGCUUCAUACGACAAGCUUUGUGGCCUCGCAGACCGGGCAGCUUCAAGUAGUGGACUUGAUGAACCCUAAUGCUAUAAAUUUGCGACAAGCAAAUGUAUCUUUGAUGCUAGGCCUUGAUAUUUCACCUUCAGGAGAGGCACUGGCCAUCAAUGACGCGGAAUGCUCCAUUCAUUUAUGGGGUUCGCCAAGCAAGAUUCACUUCAAUGAGAUGAGCAAGGAGAUUGAAUUUGCUGACGUACCUACACGACCACCACCAAUUGACUGGUCACCAGACACUCCAAUGAACAUGGUUGGAAUGCCUUAUUACCAUGAGCGUCUCUUCUCGGCAUGGCCUAGCCAUCUCAUGUUCGAGGUGGGAAGUCCCCCUCCUCAAUUGGACCAGUCAUUGCUCCCGUACCUGCGCCCGGCUGAGGUGGGACAUCAUGCCCCAAACCCCAGAAAAACAAGGCGCAAUCAGAUCGAAAAUACCCGUGCACUGGCCACAGCAGAGCCGGCUCUCAUGGCGCCCAAGUUCCUGAGCGAAAAGGCUCGGGAACAAAGCAAAUCUAACCUGGUGACCUCUGUCACAGAUGCGGCUGAAGCUCUAGCGGGAGCCAAGAUCAAUGGCGAAAGCGAUGAUGACCCUCUUCUUAAAUAUAGCAACGUUGAGAUAAAGUAUAGUCGUUUCGGUGUCGACGAUUUCGACUUCCGAUUCUAUAACAAGACCAACUUCUCGGGGCUUGAAACCCAUAUCGCCAAUUCCUUCACAAACUCCCUCCUCCAGCUCUUCAAGUUCAUCCCGCUGUUUCGAAACAUGGCGCUCACCCAUGCAGCUGGCUCUUGUAUCUUUGAACACUGCCUCCUGUGCGAAUUGGGCUACUUGUUCGAUAUGCUGGAAAAGGCAAAUGGCCAAAACUGUCAGGCGACCAAUCUUUUGAAGACCUUCAGUAGUUUCCGCGAGGCUUCCAAUCUUGGUCUCUUGGAAGAGAAUCUGCCUAACAAAUCCCUCUCAACUGCGAUUCAAGCUGUCAACCGUUUCUUCUUAACGCAAAUCGCACAAGACUUCCGUAUGAUUCAACCUAGCUCCGAAGAGCUAGACCAACGCCUUGCGACCAUGGCAUCGGAGUCCAUACGGUGCAUGUUCUGCCAAAAUGAGACUGUGCGCCCAGGGAAUUCACUCGCCAACGAGCUUCUAUACCCCAACCUGGACAUGAAACAUGCCAGGCGCAACCCGGCAUUCCGAUUCUCAAACAUACUGCGCGCAAGUAUCGAGCGGGAGACCCAGAAUCGGGGAUGGUGCAAUUACUGUCGACGUUACCAACAGGUGAUGAUCCGGAAGACUAUUCACCGGAUGCCCCUCGUUCUUGUGUUGAACGCCGCAUUGACCAACCCUAUCUGUCGUCGAUUGUGGGCCGUUCCCGGAUGGCUCCCUGACACAGUCGGCAUCGUUAUCGAGAAUGGUCAGAUCAUGUGCUUUGAAGGAGACGAUCUCCGUCUUCGAAUGCAGAAUAAUACUCCCAACCUUGUGAUCUACGAUCUUGUUGGCCUGGUGGCGGAGAUUGACGUUCCAGAGCAUCAGAAGGCUCAUCUGGUCUCCUUUGUCAACGUUUCUAUCUCAGAGCGUGAGCCACAAGAACGGAGCCAAUGGCAUCUGUUCAAUGACUUCUUGGUCACGGAGGUAGACCGGGAUGAAGCGCUUCGCUUUACACAAUCUUGGAAGCAACCUUGCGUUCUGGCAUUCCAGGUCAGAGACGCUCGCCACUCCGUUGAUGACUCUUGGAAGAAUGCUCUUGACACUACCCUGCUAUUCCGUGAGUGGUCUUUGAAUGGUUGUCACCAGGUUGAGUCAUGCCGCAUCUUGACCGAAGAGGAGAAGCCACAGCCGGGAACGCCCCUGGCACUUGAUACCGAGUUCGUGGACCUUGAAAAGGCCGAGAUCGACGUCAAGGCGGACGGAUCUCAGGAGAUCGUACGACCUAAUAGAAGUGGACUUGCUCGAGUUUCCGUGCUGCGCGGCUCGGGUAUUUCGGAGGGUGUCCCUUUCAUUGACGAUUAUAUUACCAUUCGGGAACCCAUUGUCGACUACGUCACACAAUACUCUGGUAUCAAGCCCGGUGAUCUAGAUCCACGGACAAGCGAGCAUAAUCUUGUGCCUCUCAAAGUAGCCUACAAGAAAUUAUGGCUGCUUUUGAAUCUUGGUUGUGUCUUCGUGGGCCAUGGUCUGGCGUCCGACUUCCGCAAGAUCAACAUCCAAGUUCCCAAGUCUCAGACCGUUGACACACAAUACCUCUUCUUCCACCCCGGCAAGAACCGCCGUCUUAGUCUCCGAUACCUCGCCUGGGCGGUUUUCAAAGAGUAUAUCCAGGAAGAGCCGAUUCCCGACACAGUCCAAGGACACGAUUCUAUCGAGGACGCCCGGAUGGCACUGCGUCUCUGGAAAAAGUUUCAGGAAUACGAAGACGCAGGAAUUGUGGCUCAGAUGCUCGAGGAGAUUUUCCGCGAAGGCUCCAAAUUGGGUUUCCGACCCCCUCCAAGAAUGCGACUGCGGUGGUAUUAUCCCGACCAGGCACCGCUGUCACCAUGCAGGACAGUGGUCGCAACACCCCCAGUACCCCCGACGCUACCGCAGCCGCCGUAG